CAGGUUACUUUUCCUGUCUUGGAGGUAUUGUAUAUUGAAAAAUUAAAUAGCAUUACAGCUAUAUGGGACAAACAAUUACUCCCAAUUCAAGAAGCAAAAAAUUCCUUUAAGCAUCUUCAACAAUUACAUGUAUUCGAAUGUGAGAAGAUAGAAAAGAUAGUCGCAUUCGGAAUAGGACAAGGAGGAGAAGCAGACGCAAGUCUUGAGAUUGUCAUGUUCACCAAGUUGAAGAUUUUGAGUCUUGUAGAGUUGCUAAGCUUGAAAAGUUUUUGCAAAAGUCAUUGUUCUGAAAAAGAAGAAACAUCGGAGAAAGGCAUUCCCAAAAUACAAGCUCUCUUCAAUCGCAAGGUUGCAAUUCCAAUGUUGGAGGAACUGACACUCUAUGAAGGAAACCUCUUUGAACAUAUUUGGAAUGCCGAGAUUCCAGCGAGCUCCUCUAGCAAACUAAGAGUCUUGACGGUAACUGGAAACGACUCUGAAUAUGAUUUUCCAUGGAGCUUCUCCAGCACACAAAGAGUCUUGGAGGUAACUCGGAGCAGCAAAUUAGUAAAUUUUCCUCCUAACCUGCUACAGAGGUUUGAGGCUGUUGAACAACUCACUCUGUCAUAUUGUUUGUCAUUAGAAGCUGUAGUAGGCUUCAACCGUGAAGAACUUAAUGCUAUAGUGAGACAGGAAUUUAUGGUUUUCAACAACCUAACAACUUUGGAUAUUUAUUGUUGCGAAAGCCUGAGAUAUUUAUUCUCACUCUCAAUAGCAACAACUUGGGAUGCUAUUUAUUAGGGACUGUCCUUUGAUGGAAGAAAUAGUGAGAAAUGAAGAAGAAGAAGAAGAAGGCCCAGAUGAUGGUAGAGAUAAAAUACUAGUUGUGUUUCCUCGGUUAGAGCAUCUGAAUCUCUACCGUCUACCAAACCUCAGAAGCUUUUGUGGGCCAAAUAAUAUUGCUUUUCAAUUGCCAUCCUUAAAUCACAUCAGUGUUCGGAGGUGUGACCAAAUUUGGACCACAUCUGGAGGCACAAGAAAGCCAGCGACAAGUUUAUUUGGUCAUCAUCUUCCAUUUUUAGAUCAACAAAUUAAUCACUAUUUGCACAAUGAUAAAAUGGAAUGGCGACGGCCUAGAGAUGACGAAACAAAUGAGGAUGAAGUUGAAGGAGAGAUCUCAGAUGAGUAAACUAAUGAGGAUGAAGUAGAAGAGGAGACCAUGGGAUACUUGGCUCUAAUUUUUUUUUUUUUUAAACUUACACCAAUUUUUAUUCUUUGGCUCUAGUAUAGGAUUUGUAGUUAGUAAAACAUUGUAUAAUAUACCUAUAGUACACAUCCAUAUAAUUUUGAAAAAAUAGAGAAAGAAAACAAAAAGAAAAUUCAAGUCAAUCUCUGAAUACCUCAAAUAAAAACUGUUUUACAAUAUUGUGGAACCUAUGCAAGCCCAAAAUGUGUCGCAGAUUAACAUAAUGAAAAAACACCACCCAUGUUUGUGUC